AUGGCAUUUCGGAAUAGUAUUUAUGUGUUUCUUUUUAUAUUUGUGCCCGUUUUCGGGAGUUUGUUAGUGGAUCAACGUGAAAUUAAAGUGAAUGUGGGUCGUUUUGUGCAUCUCGAACGCCAGGAUUUAGUAUUUGUACGGAUUGGACGUGAUGAGGAAUGCCGAGUGGAGGUGGUAAAUAAUGACCCUAUCACACAAAGGGUUGGACACAUCGAGCCCACGAUAUUUGAUUGCAACUUCUCUGCCAAAACGAUUAAAUACGUCCACAAUGGUUCACCACUUCUUUCCAAAGACGAAGUCAAAUUACGGGUCCAUAAAUUUACAGAUACAUCGACUCAUACAGAGGUUGUUUAUUUAACUGUUCGGAUAGUCAACGCAUCUCACGAUGUUUUCAUGACGCAAGGAUUACGGCCUGUGGUCGUUCCAGACUUUUUGAAACUCUCUAAUACUAUUGACGGUUCUGUGCUCCAAUUCCGGAAUAGUGAUAAGAAAAACUCCACAUGUUCCAUAAGCUUUUCGCGAUAUCACUCUCAUUGGCCUAUCGCUGGACAAAUGACCAUUGGCAAAAACCGACAAACGGUGGACGCAGUUAGUAAAGACUGUCGAGAAUUCUUAUACAUGAAUCUUCAUUACGAACAUCUUCGAUCACCAAUUCCCGAUGUGGAUUAUUUGCCCUUGACGGUGGAACUCUUCGAUCCAUCAGUCAGUGAGGAAGUAAUAGUAGAAAGGUUUUAUUUGCCAAUACAUAUAAAAGGUGCGCUUCCCAAUUCUCCGCCUCGCUCCUCGGACAUGAACAUGUACAUGAUGGAUGUGGACCAAUUCGUCUUAUCGACUAUCAUUCCGGGUAUCAUCCAAGCUGAAGACUACGAAACUCCCAACUCUCAGCUAGUUUUCAAUAUCAGCAAAGGCUUUGGAGAAGGAAAGGGCUAUUUUGUAAACAUAAAUGACCAAUCAACCGAGAUCAAUUCAUUUUAUCAAGAUGAUUUAGACAACCAUCGUAUUGCUUACGUACCACCAAAUGUUAGUUAUACCACACAAAAACAUUACCAAGCUGAACUGGUUGUGUUUGACAGCCACUUCUCAUCAAGCAUCGUCAUAACUUUGCAUGUGGCUGUUAGACCCUCAGCGACCACUGCACCUCGGGUGUCUCUGAACAAUGGAUUAGUGCUACUGGAAGGACAAUCACGACCAAUUACUGUUAAUGAUUUACAGAUCGUUGACAAGGAUAACCUUGAUCGUAUUCGAGUUUACGUGAAAGGAGGUGCUCGUCAUGGGACCAUACGAUUAAAUGGAAAGCAAAGCAUAAUGUUCAGGCCAAGUGACGUUGCCAGAGGUUCUGUCACGUAUGUUCAUGACGAUAGUGAUUCUCUCCGUGAUGAUAUUGAAUUGAGGAUUAAUGAUGGAGUACAUACUGUGCUGGCGACCUUUCCCAUUUCCAUCAUACCAAAAGACGAUACCCCACCUCACAUGGUGAAUAAUUUAGGGUUCCACAUCAAUCAGGGUCAGAUGAAGAAACUUAGUGAAGAUGUGCUUUUAGCUCAUGAUGCGGAUUCGUUGGAUUACAAUAUAAUUUAUACUUUAACGUCACCGCCCAAAGCCGGAAACAUAGUGAGAAAGAUUCCAAAGUCGGGAACGCUUACCACAAUUUUUGGUUUUAGACAACGUGACAUUAUGAAAGGACAAGUGUAUUAUAAGCACAAUGGAAAAGGAGUGUUCACUGACUCAUUUAGCUUCCGUUUGCAGGAUCAGCAUGAUCCACCAAACGAGUCAGAGGAUCAUGAGUUUCACAUCGUUAUCGAUCCUUUGAAUGAAAAUCCGCCGGAGUUAGAUCAGGGUUCCUUAAAAAUUAUCCGAGUACGCGAAGUUGAUGUGGGAUAUAUUGGUCAAGCUCAGCUUCUGUACACCGACGUUGAAUCGAGCGCAAAGGACAUCACCUAUACAAUAACGACCGCUCCUUAUUUCGUAUUCAAUACUGGAGAGAAGGACGCUGGUCGACUGGUUGCUACACACAAUCUGACAGUUGUGAACAAAGACCAAGAUGUACCACCAAUACUGUCUUUUACCCAAGAGGAUCUUAACUAUCUGAAAAUUGCCUACCUACCUCCAGCCAACGAUAUCGGACCUUUGUCACGAUUGGUUCGUUUUGUCUAUACCGUGGAGGAUGGAGAUGGCAACAAGGUCUAUGGGCAAACGUUCGACAUCGAGGUACUACCAGUAAAUAACAGGGUGCCAAGAUUCACCAUGGAGAAGCUGCUAGUUGAGGAAGGAGGAGUAUUGGGUAUCACUGUUAACCAACUAUCAGCCAGUGAUGAAGAUACACCGUCCGAAGACUUACAGUUCAUCUGCUACGAAUUACCAAAAUAUGGCACAUUACAGAAAAAUGGGAUGGCUAUGAAAGUCACUGGUUCGUUUUCUAUUGAAGAUUUACAAGAAACAUCAAUAAGAUAUGUCCACGAUGGAUCCGAUAUCGAACUGGUUGACACGUUCACUUUAAAAUUAACUGAUGGCGUGAACCAAGCUACCAAAGUUAUAUCAGUUGACAUUGUACCAAUAGACGACAAAACACCACGUCUACAGAAAAAUCUACGUCCAUACUUGAUUGUCUCUGAAGGAAGUGAGGCAUUGUUGACACCACACAUUCUAGCUGCUACUGAUGACGACACUGAUGAUGAAUCUCUGGUCUUCCUGAUCGUUAGGCAACCGCGGUAUGGUGUUCUUCAACUACAAGGACAACCUGUGACAAAGUUCACCCAACGCGAUCUCAAAGAUGAAAUUGUGUCCUUCUUGCACACAAGUGGGGAAAUUGGACUAAAGUCUUUGCACGAUUUUGCAACGUUCAUUGUGUCAGACCAGAAUUACUUGGCUUCUGUUGAAUUACCAGUAUAUGAUCUAAACAUCACCAUUACGCCUGUAAAUAACCAAUCACCAAAAACUAUACUCGGAGCUCCCAUCUUGGUAACCGAAGGGGAAACGUACAAUGUCGGCAAGAAUAUUCUUACAGUGACAGACCCUGAUUCUAAGACAAAAGAAAUUGAGUUCAAGAUAACCAAGCAACCGCAAUGGGGGUAUUUAGAAAAUGUGAAACCAAGCCCCGGAUCAGAAAAGUCCAAUGCUGGUCUUAGGAUUAACUCCUUUACCUAUAGCGAUAUUUUAGAUGGAUCUAUAAACUAUGUCCAAUCGAAUCACAGGGGGGUGGAACCAGUUCAUGAUCAAUGUGAACUGUACGCCACUGACGGAAAACUCAAUUCCAAACCCGAGAUUGUGUCGAUCGGCAUAGUUCCUACAAACGAUGAAGCACCGGAUUUGAUGUUGAAAGACUUCACCAUCGAUGAAGGUGGUGCUAUGAUUAUGGAUCAAUCUAUGAUGGACGCUAUAGAUUUGGAUAUGCCUAAAGACACAUUGACUCUGUCCCUCUCCCAACAGCCGAAUCAUGGUACUGUAGUAAUGAUGAUUGAAACCAGAAAAGGACAUGUUGAAACCGAAGUACAGGACUUCAGUUUGGACGAAUUACGCAGUGGGUUACAAUUGAAAUACACGCAUGACGGUUCUGAAAGCCUUCACGAUAAGUUUGUCAUUACUGUGUCUGAUGGCAAGCACGAAAUUAAACAUGUCUGUAAUGUCUCAGUUACCGCCAGAAAUGACGAGAAACCGGAAGUUAUCAAGAAUGCGGGAUUACAAUUGGAUUAUGGAGAUUCUGCUUUAAUAUCAAGUGUAGUACUUCAAGCAACGGAUGACGACAACGGUGACGCUUUUCUUUAUUAUAUUGUGGUUGAAUUGCCCAAUAAAGGGUUAUUACAAUUUUGUCCUAAUCCAUUCUCCAAGAGUUUAGACAAUGAUUGUCAGGAUAUUGAACUUGGGGCUAAUUUCACUCAAACUGACGUCGAUCUAAAUAAAGUUAGAUACGUUCAUACAACUAGUAUGGGGAAAAGUGAAACCGAUAGAUUUAUGUUUGUUUUAUCGGAUGGAAAACAUAAACGACACGAGGAAACGUUUGAAAUCCGAAUUAAAAACUCCAGGAAAACUAACAUAGCUCUAUUGAAUCGUGGAAUGACGAUACGCGAAGGCGAAAGAGUCGCAAUUAGCACUAACAACCUCGGUGCAUCAGACGAAAGCACUAAAGCAGAAGAAAUUGUGUUUGCUGUAAUAAGGCCCCCGAGACUGGGUAAAAUUCAAUAUAUUGAUCAGCCUAUGGGUCAAAUAAAUAGUUUCUCUCAGCUUGAUUUAGCAUCACAGAAGGUUGUAUAUAGCCACUUGACAAAAACAGACAUUAUUGAAGACUCAUUUGUGUUUACCGUCACUAAUGGACUAAGUGAAGCUAAAAAUGGCGAGUUUAGAAUAAAGAUCCAACCAUUAGACAGAAUGUUACCGUCCUUAAUAGCCAACAAUUUAUUAGAAGUUUUACAAGGAACCGAAUCGGUAAUUUCACCACAGAUUCUAAAAGCAGUCGACCCCGAUACGGACGCUCUGAAUUUAACUUUCAUCAUCGCCAAACCACCUACUUACGGUCACUUAUAUAAUAGAGGGGUAAUGAUCUCUCAUUCUUUUACACAGACAGAUAUUGAUCGCGGCUUCAUUACCUAUAUCAGUGAUGGCACUAGAGCCGGCCUAGACAAUUUUCUUUUCAACUUGUCUGAUGGUAAACAUACUAAGUUCUUAGUUAAUGGUACCUUACAAACACAACCCGCCUUGAGCAGUAUCUUCGUCAAACCAUUAGUUGAUGAUGCACCAACCAUCGUCGUCAACAAGCAUCCUGAAAUUCUCGAACAUUUUGGUAAACAGAAGUACGGAUACGAACUAAACAAUAAAGUUUUGAGAGCCGUUGACUCGGAUACCCAGAGCAGUCAGUUGAUUUACACCAUGAUUAAGAGACCUAAAUAUGGUCACAUUGAAAACACUAAAGCCAAACGAUUUGUAAGAAGACGAUUUACUCAAAAGGAUCUGGAUGAUUCAAGUCUACAGUAUAUUGUUGAUAGGAACGUCCAGGCCACUCAUGACAACUUUACUUUCCGGGUUGAAGACAGCCGUGGAAAUUCAGUCAAUAAUCAAAUAAUGUCUUUUGGUUGGUCAAUUAUUCAGUUUAUUUCUGCUGAUAUGGUUGCAUGUGAAAAUGUUGGUGUCUUGUCAAUAACGUUAAUACGUAUUGGAGCUAUUCAUCAAAUGGCUUAUGUUGGAGUUCAGAUUAAGGAAAUGUCAGCUAAAACCGGAGAAGAUUUCGUGCCAAGUUCUGCUAAGCAAGUUCAGUUCGGCCCAGGUCAAUCCAGAGCUAGUUGGGAUCUACAGAUUAAAAACGAUGGAUUGGAAGAGGCUAAUGAAAAGUUAAGAUUGACAUUAGUGGAACCAAUUAAUGCUAUUAUUGGUGAUAAUAAAAAGUUACGACUGAAAAUCAUCAACGCCGAGAGUGGAGAAUGUCCACAAUAUCUUGGUAUGGUUAGUGCUACACAGAACGGAUUUUUAUUGGAAGGUGGCGAUUCUAUCAUGAUUCCAUCUAAAAAUUCUCCUUCAGACAAUGGGAAAAUUUACCACACAUUAAAUACACUGUCGGGACCAAUAGCUACAGGUCUUAAUGUUGAUAAAACCUUCCUGAAUACAGAACCAAAAUACAAUAAGAAACGAAAGCAUAAGAAAGGCAAAAAGGGUAAGAGAAAGAAGAAGAAGAAUAAGAAGAAAACACCCAAGAACGAAGAUAGCAGCCAAAAUAGUUUUGAUAAGCUCUCUAAUAAGAAGACACCUAAAUGUGAUAGUUCUAAGAAAGGCUUAUUACGAUUUGAUCAAUAUGAAAAACAGAUGUUCCAGUGUACCGGUACUGAAUGGCAAGUAUGGAACGCUAUCUCGAACAACGAUGAACGGCCUAAAAGUAACAUUUGCCAACAAGGAUGGCAUGAAUUUGACGGGUUUUGUUAUAAAUAUAUCAAUGAUAAACUUCCCUGGGAUGAUGCCGAGUCACUAUGUGUUAGUAAAUACAAUGGACAUCUGACCAGUGUAAGAUCAGCUAAACAUCUGAAAUGGUUAGGUCAUCAAGCUCGUAAAAAAUCAUUCUGGAUAGGUCUAAAUGAUAAACAAGAUACUGGAGUGUGGAAGUUCAUCAGUGGUGAUCCUGUCGCUAUCACAAAUUGGAAAAAUGGUCGUCCUCGAGUUAAGCGAAUGUUGCACAAGAAGAAUUGCGUGGUCGUGAAGAAACGGCUCAAGUGGCGCAACAAACAUUGCGAUCGCUAUAAAGCCAGAUUUAUAUGUGAACAAAGUCCUCAAGCACAAACUACGAAAACCUCCAAAAGAUCGAGGCGAGGUCCAUUGAGAAAGAAACGACAGCGUCGAAAUAAAAACUCGAAAAAGGUGAAAAAAGUUAAAAACGAUAUGAUAGAUUUACGGGGAUUUUUCUAUAAGUGAAAAUAAAUUUUUAAGAAAUAUUUUUUGGUGAAAAUGAGGAUAUUAAAUAAUAAGAUUACGAUCUGUGAGUGAAAAAUAGUGCUCUCUGUACAAGACUAAUGGUCUGUAAAAGGAUAUUUUAUGAACACAAAUCCAUUUACUUUGAAAUAAAAGUUGGGAAUUUAACGAGAAUUGUAUUGGAAGUUUGAUUAGUGAAUCGAUAAAGUUUCAUCAAUUGCUUUAAGAUGGGUAAUUGAACUUUGUAUUGUAUUUUUAUAUUGAAAUCUCUAGAAACUGGACUAUUAGUACUGUAAUGAAC